CAAGAGCUGUCGGCGACACUGCGUUCCAUGAUAAAUCUCUUGUUAACGUGAAUCGAUUCGUUAAAUUAUUCCCAUCGUAUAUCAGCUUGUAAUGUUAUGUUGAAGUGAGUGGAACUAUGAAUUUAGGUUUAUCCCGGAAGAUUUCUAUUUGAAAAAUUCUCAACACGUAGCAAGAUGAUGGGUAGUAAAGUGAUAAGACCAAAAGUUGUGUUCGUGCUUGGUGCCCCAGGGGCAGGCAAAGGCACCCAGUGUAGCAAAAUAGCAUCAGAAUAUAACUACGUUCACUUAUCAGCCGGAGAUCUUCUGAGAGAAGAAAGAACCAAGCCAGAUUCCCAAUAUGGAAAAAUGAUAGACAGCUACAUGAAAGAAGGCAAAAUAUUACCAGUUGCUAUAAGUUGUGGUCUACUCAAGAAGGCCAUGUUCGAUUCUAAAAAAGAAAAGUUCCUCAUCGACGGUUUUCCACGUAACCAAGACAACGUGGAAGGUUGGACUAAAGAUGUGGCAGAUCACGUGGAUCUUCAGUGCGUCUUGUUCUUCGAUUGUCCUCUGCAGGAGUGCAUAAACAGGUGCUUGAAGAGGGGCGCAGAAGGAAGCGGAAGAACUGAUGAUAACGAAGAAAGUCUGAGGAAAAGGAUAGAAACUUACUUGUCCCAAACUAGUCCUAUUAUUCAGCAUUACACCAAGCUGAGACUUGUUCAUAGCAUUGAUGCAUCCAAAGAACCUGAUGAAGUGUACAAAUGUGUUAAGAAAAUUAUGUCGAAAUAUAAUUAAAAUUCUUUCUCUUU